AUGAGUAUCUCUGUUAUUUUCUUUACACCGCUCUCUGUGGAUACGACACUCGAACUUCUGAGCUACACUUCUAUACGACACAUUCACUUGGGUUUUGCAAAGUGGUACAAAUCAAUUGGCGCCGUUGCCAGGGAGCGGCUUGUCAAAGAGUACAGAGAUCCCCUUGGUCAGAGGUUUGCUGGUUACGUGAAAUUCUUCACAUUUGAAAUGAAAGGAGCUUAUAAGGAGCAUUGUGCUGCUGUUGGAAACUUUAAACAACAAUAUUCUCCUUUUUCCAACACUUACAAUCCAGCAACAAGGAAUCAUCCAAAUUUUUGUUGGAGCAAUGAGCCACAACCUCAAUUAGGUCUUGGUGAAUUGAAGCCCACAGCAAUGAAGUUACAACUUGUUGAUCAUUCUAUACAAAUGCCGAGAGGGGUUGAUAAAUGGAGACCAAGGUUUGAGAAACUUCCACCUCGGAAGGAAAAGACAUUGCCAUCAAAUGUGGAAGUUCCUAAGCUAGAAUUGAAGCCUUACCUACGAGACUUAAACAUGCAUUCUUGGGGUCCAACAACACUUUUCUACUGGUAA